GCCAUUCUAAAUGAUGGAGUCAAGCUAACUGGGCCGCCAUCUGAAAAAACACAACGUGGAAGGAGGAGUUCCAAAUGGAUCAAGGAUUUAAACAGUAAAAGGAAAAGGAAAAGAAGACUUCUGGUAAAGCUAUCAGAAGAAAAUAUGGAAGAAUUCAUUUAUCACCUGUUUGGAGGAAGGUUGUUUUUUUUUUUAACUACCUCUCAGAAUCCAAAAGCGUAAAAUAAAAGGCGGUGACAAAGAUCCUCUCCUGACCAAACUCCAGCCAGGCUUCUCUGAGCAGUUUCUCAGCUAGGCUUCAAGCUUGGCUGUAAAGACUUGAGCAGUUGCUGAGGUCACUUCUGACAGCCCCAGGCCACAUCCCUGGGGUGAUCCUCCCCAACCCUGUCCCUGCCGCUUGCCUCAGAGUACAGCCUGAGAAAACUCACAGCUGCCCGAGCUGCGUGCCAGCUGGCACCUGAAGAUGGCCCCCCCUUCCCAGCCCCCUUGGGAGGGGGCAGGGGCUUACCGUCAGUAAGUGCCAGUUAGCCGGCCCAGGUAGCAAACACAGGGACCAACCUUGUGUUCCUGCUGUGGGAAUUUUCACUUCCCUGACUCUGCUGAGCCCCCCUCACCACCUCUCUGCUCCCUCACUCUCGCUUUGAAAUGCCCAGUCACGCCUGUGUCAAUCCAAGUGGAGGUCGCUUCACACCGGCUCUCUUCCCCACCGAAGAAGACCAGGCAUCACUGGAAAUGACGGUCCUCCUUGCUUUGCUCCUGGUCAUGGGCAUGCCGUGGGUGGAGACCAACAUUACCGUGUCUGGAAGACAAAGACGGCUGAGGUGUCACGUGUGUGAGAUAGAGAACAGUUUCAACUGCCAACACCCAAUGGACUGUGACCGGGGCGUUGAGUACUGCUCCACUGCUGCCGUGAGAGUUUUUCCACGGUUCUUCUAUGUUUCAAAGCAAUGCAUGAAGUACUGUGCGUUAAGCUUUCCGGGGAUGCGGACAGCCAAGUCGUUUGUGCUCGUAAAGCCCACGCCCUUCCUGUUCAUCUCGUGCUGCAGGGAGAACCUGUGCAACGUCGAGAAACCAGUCAUCGAGGAAAACUCGGAAGAUAAAUACCGAGAGGUGGGAGGGGCCCCAGGCGGGCGGGGCAGCAGCCCCAGGCUGGUGACUCUCGUGGCACUGGUGUCGGCGCUCCUGGGCCUCAGGCUGCCGUGAUGAAGCCGACUUGCAGAUGGUUGGCACCUGUUGCAUUAAACUUGUUUUCCAUGGAUUAGCUCACUGGUGGUCUGACUUUCCAGGGACUUGGAAAUGGGGUGAGCGGGUGGGGGGCUCUAGCCAGCAGCUGGAAUUAGAGCAAGUCCAAACCUUCCCCACAGUGAUUCUGUUUACAAGUUUCUCUUUGAAACCCAGCCUUGUGACUGCUCAUUGCUGACAGUCAUUCUUGACUCUGCACGUUGGGGGGCCUCAGUAUUGAUGGAGGGGAGGGCCUGAGACCCUGCCCCCACUGCUGUGAAGAGCAGUGCUGACAUUUCUACCCCUUGCCAGGAGUCAGAAUAAUAUGGGCCUAAGACAUCCCUGGACUGAGAUCCUCCUCGGUCUAGGGGAUGGGACAGGACCUCGGGAUGGCCCUCUGCGGCCAGCCACGGGACCUAUGGCUGCUCCCCCUUCAGCUCAUGCCGCCAGAUUCCAGGAGACAGAAAAUGAGGAAUUCUGCUGAAUAAGCUUGGACUUCACCUGUCAACUGGCAGAGGUGCAUGGACUCACAAACCCUCCUAUGGACAUUUGUCCCACAUCUGAGCCUGGUAGGCAGGUAGGCAGCAGCAGGCUCAGCCUUUACGCAGUCUCCUGGUGAGAUGCAGCCCCCUAGACAGUGGAAAAGUCAGGCUGGAGGUUCUGCACAAGGCAGAUGCUUUCUCCCUGCAGUGUGCGGCCCAGCCCCAUCUGCUGCUCACCUUCCCCUCCAGCUUCUGCCCGCGUGCUCUGGCCAGCCCUGACCUGGUCUGACUCAGAGACUGCUGCUGCCACCUGAGAGCUUUGCAGACCGGGUCUCAGUGGCCCCAGGAGGAGGCACAGUGGGGCGGGCAGAGGGUGGUUUCUUUCUGUGCCAUCCCUGAGGCAGGGAGGAGGGCCAUCUUGGUCACAUCCAGACCCUCUAAACCAGAAGCCUAGGUCUGUCCAGGGGGACAGCGGGUGGGAAGGGCCCCUGAGGGCUGACUGGCAGCUCCAGGCCUGGAGAAGUUUUCCAGCACCUGCUAGGUUCCUACCGUGGGCCCACCCCUGUUCCAGGCACACGCUCUGUGCUCACACCCUGCUGCUCCUGCCUGUGCCCAGAACAGCACCUGGGUCUGUCCUGACUCACAUCCUGGGACUGGAGUUUGGGGAGCAGCCCUUCUGUGAGGGCAGGCCAGAGGAGCAAAAGGUCAGCUACCUGAGUUCCCACAGCAACCUGACACUGCAGUCUCUUCACAAGGAGGGUGGCUGUGUGGGGCGUGAAAUAACUGGGAGGCUGAGACGUGUGAGUGUGGAGAAUUCCUAACUUUGGAUCUGGGGGGUCUCUGGUGAUCUGGUGAGGAGCCCUUUCAGUGACUAGACAAUGGGAAACAUCAAAUUAUGGCAGGAUGAGGAGUCCAAGUGAACUGGGGCACAUGUUGUCACCAGUGUGACAGAUACUCUUUCUAGAAAACUCACUGUGGAAUGGAGGAGACGGUAAGAGAGCGGUAUUUAGAAAAAACAGAUCAAGGGUCAACGUCGGUGCCGCGCUCUGAAUGUCAAGACUUGGGAGCCUUUAUCUGCUAAGAGUGGGAAGCACGAGUGAAGGAUGGAAGCAGGAGGUGAUGGCCCAGUGGGUGCAGUGAGGGCCCCGUGCAGGCAGGACAGCAUAGGACCAGGGCAGCGGCCGCAACCCCGACAGGGAGGAUAGACACUUCCUCCCGUGACCCAGCACAGCUGUGGCCAGAAGCACACGCAAAGUUCGUGUGUGGGAAGGAGCCAGGAAGCUGAAGGAAAAGACAUGAAUACUCCGGUCACGGAAUCACCACAGACCUGGACUGAGACACCUGGAGUAAAACGUCCAGAUUUCAAGCCAGGAGAAAAUCCCAAAAGCUGCCAGAGAGAAAAGACAUGUCUUCAAGGGAACAGCAGUUACACCCUGUGCAGACGUCGGUUCGACAGGAGGCAGAGGACCAGACAGUGACAGCUCUGCAGCGUUAAAAGA